UAUCAAAAAUUAAAUAAAACACAAAUCCUAAUAAACUUGUAAAGAAAAAAAUGGCGGGAAAAGUGUGUAUGAUGAUGGCACUUAUCAUGAUAGGGUGUGUUUUACAAGCAUGCAAUGGAGCCAAUGUUGACGAGGCCAAGCCACAAGAUUCAAGAGUCGUUUGCUUCACAGCCUGUUCCAUUGCCUGUGGCAAACAAAACAAACCUUGUUACGAUGGAUGUUUGACCAAGUGUGGUCUCCCACAACGACCUUCUAAGCCAACAACAUCUUCAGCACCUUCUACCACCGCUUGAUCUGAUCUAUUUUAUUUGUGAUUUGUGCCUUUAUUGCCAAGGGUGUCAUCCAUAUUCUUUUGUUUAUUAUGAAGAAGAAUUGAGAUUUAUUUUAUACUUUUAUCAUA